UUAUUUGCUUGAGCUUUUGGGCGGAUGUACAUUACAAUUCAAUACUUACAGAAGGAGGGAGGAGUGGAUCGAAAUGCAUCCUUACCAGGCCACCCAUCACGCCCUUCAAGUUGUAACUCAUUUCGUGAUAUGGUUCAUCAUUAUCAAGGAGUACGACCCCCAAACCAGCUAGUUGGGAAAUCUCUUGGUCCUGGUCUUCCUCCUGUGGGGAGCAGAGUUGGAGCUACUGAAAAGAAGAAUGCUAUUGGCUCAAGUGUUCAAAAUGGUCAUUCUGCUGGUGCAACUGAAACUGAACUUACUGAAAUUGCAGCCUCUUUGUCUGGCUUGGCCUCGUCAAAAACUGGACAAGUAAAUGAAAAUUGUCUUGUACAGUCAAAGCUUCAGAUGAAUCUCGACAGUCAACCUGAUGUUAUAUCAAGCAUAGCCAAUGAUAAAAAAUGCAGUCUCCAGCAAAUCGUAGAGGAUUCUUCUUCUGAAAAUCUCCCAUAUUCUGCCAAGUAUGGUGGAUUAUUGAGGAAAAAUGGAAUGGUACCAAACCUCAAUUCUUCUAUAAUGGGUUCCAAUGGACAAAUUAAUAUUCCUAAGAGAACUUCCUCCUUUGCGGAUCUUUACUCAAGAGGAAAUUCUUGGUGAAUAUUAACCUUUGGUGAAAGAGAUGCUUGGUUAUACAGAUCGAAAA